CCGCCGCUCGCCCCGGCCGCUCUCUAUGGCUGCGGGGCCGGGGCCGGGGCGGGCCGGGGCCGGGGGGGAAGCAGCGUCCGGCGGCCAUGGCGGACACCGAGAAGCUCAACCUCGACUCCAUCAUCGGCCGCCUCCUGGAGGUGCAAGGCUCACGGCCGGGGAAGAACGUACAGCUGACAGAGAACGAGAUCCGGGGGCUGUGCCUGAAGUCACGGGAGAUAUUCCUGAGCCAGCCCAUCCUGCUGGAGCUGGAAGCCCCCCUCAAGAUCUGUGGUGACAUCCACGGGCAGUACUACGACUUGCUGCGGCUCUUUGAGUACGGGGGCUUUCCCCCCGAGAGCAACUACCUGUUUCUGGGUGACUACGUGGACCGGGGCAAACAGUCGCUGGAGACCAUCUGCCUGCUGCUGGCCUACAAGAUCAAGUACCCUGAGAACUUCUUCCUGCUGCGUGGCAACCAUGAGUGUGCCAGCAUCAACCGCAUCUAUGGCUUCUAUGACGAGUGCAAGCGGCGAUACAACAUCAAGCUGUGGAAGACCUUCACCGACUGCUUCAACUGCUUGCCCAUUGCUGCCAUUGUGGAUGAGAAGAUCUUCUGCUGCCACGGAGGGCUGUCCCCUGACCUGCAGUCGAUGGAGCAGAUCCGGCGCAUCAUGCGACCCACAGACGUGCCUGACCAGGGCCUGCUGUGUGAUCUGCUCUGGUCUGACCCUGACAAGGAUGUGCAGGGCUGGGGCGAGAACGACCGCGGUGUCUCCUUCACCUUUGGGGCUGAGGUGGUGGCCAAGUUCCUGCACAAGCACGACCUGGAUCUCAUCUGCCGGGCACACCAGGUGGUGGAGGAUGGCUACGAGUUCUUUGCCAAGCGCCAGCUCGUCACCCUCUUCUCUGCACCCAACUACUGCGGGGAGUUUGACAACGCAGGCGCCAUGAUGAGCGUGGAUGAGACUCUCAUGUGUUCCUUCCAGAUUCUGAAACCGGCAGACAAGAACAAGGGCAAGUAUGGGCAGUUCAGUGGGCUGAACCCCGCUGGCCGCCCUGUCACCCCGCCACGCAACUCUGCGAAAGCCAAGAAGUGAGUGCCCGUCACCAGCAGCCCCAGCACCAGGUUGCUCCUCUCUCCAUUUGUUUUUUUAUUUGUAAGAUCCUGUCCCCCCUGCCACUUUCUACUGUACCAAAUGCGCCCUCUGGGGCAGGACCUGCCCCUUGGAUGGCAGUGGAGGCAGGGCAGGAGGCUUUUUUGGGGAAUAAACUUGUAAUGGGUCUUAA